UUCAGAAGAUUCACGUCUCACGGGAAAGAAACAAUGUUUUUGUCCGUUGUUGUUUUUUGCAGUUUUGCUUUAACGUCGUCAGUUAGUCUAACAGAGUCGGAUGUGGACCCCUGGUACGUUGCUGCUGUGUAUGAGCACAACGUAAUCCUGAACCCGGAGCCUGGUGUCCCCCUGUCCCGCGUCGAUGCCCUGCAGCACAUGCAGAAAAACCUGGAUAUCUACGAGGAGCAGGCAGCCCGGGCUGCUCGGCAGGGGGCCCAGAUCCUGGUGUUUCCAGAAGAUGGUCUUCAUGGUUUUAACUUCACCCGUUCGUCCAUCUCUGGCUACCUAGAAACCAUUCCUGACCCCCAGCAGGAGAGCUGGAACCCCUGCACAGAGCCGGGCAAAUACAACAACACUGAGGUUCUCCAGCGACUCAGCUGUAUGGCCCGUCGUAACAACCUCUACCUGGUGGCCAACAUGCCAGACCUGCAGCCCUGUCCCCUGAAAACUGACCCCUCCUCCUCCUGUCCCUCUGAUGGACGCUGGCAGUUCAACACCAACGUGGUUUUCAGGUCAGAUGGUCUGCUGGUGGCUCGCUACCAUAAACAAAACCUCUACUUUGAGAAGGCCUUUGAUACACCGCCCCAACCUGAGAUUAUAACAUUUGAUACACCUUUCGCUGGAAGGUUUGGCAUCAUGAUCUGCUUUGACAUCCUGUUCCACAAGCCCACAGUUACCCUGGUGGAAAGGGGUGUACGUCAGCUGGUCUACCCAACAGCCUGGAUGAACCAGCUCCCCCUUCUGGACUCGAUCCAGUUCCAGUGGGCAUUCAGCUUAGGUGCCAAUGUCACCCUGCUAGCGGCCAACAUUCGUAACAACCGACUAAACAUGAGAGGAAGUGGUAUCUACACCCCUUUUUCUGCCACCUACCACCACGCCCAGAAAGGAGACCCAGAGGAGGGCAGGCUGCUGGUGGCUAGGAUGCCAGUCUUGGACCCACUGUGGGUGGGGCCGAGUGUAAGUACGGAUGAGAGGGUAGUUAGGAGUGAGACCACAUCAUCUACAGCUACCGAAUCUGGAUUCUGUCACCAAGAGAACUGUUCUGAUUCUCCCCCUCCUGAAACUGCUCCAUCUUCCUCUGUCACCUUCAUCUCAUCUAUGAUGUAUGACCCUUUUACAUUUUUCCUCUUGAAUGAAACAGAGGGCGAUGUGAAUGUGUGUAAUGGAACCUUUUGCUGUCACCUACGGUACCGGCGGUUACAACAUGGUGGCAGUAAAGAGCUCUAUGCAUUGGGAGCAUUUGCUGGAACACACACUGUGAAUGGACGCUACGCCCUCCAGGUGUGUGCACUAGUUCGCUGUGGAGGUUUGGAAGCCAGUUCCUGUGGACAGGAAGUGGAAGAGGCUGAGUCUAAAAUGGACUUCCUGUUGGAGGGGAAGUUCGGGACCAGAUAUGUGUACCCAUCAGUUUUGGCCAGCAAGAUGGUCCUGGAGCAGCCAGAGCAUCUGGAAACAGCUGCAGAUGGCAGAGUGACCAUGAAACACUCAAAAAUGGCCGGUGGCCUGGUCACUGCCUGUCUGUAUGGACGAAUGUAUCACCUUGACAUUGAGUGAACUGCUUUGGAGUAUAAAAGUAAAUCAGAAGUAUUGAAGAGAAAACUUCAAAAUGCAUUUCCUGCAUAAAGAAACUUGUGAAUGCUAAAUUGCUAAAGCUAAACUGGCGGUGAAGAAUUGAGAAUAGUUCGGAAAGUGGGAAUGGCUGUCGCUACACUCAAUUGCUGGUUAAAAGUUGCAAGGUGAAGUUUUAGGGAAAAGUGGAAAUGGUUCUAGAUAAGGAUG